CAUGAGUAAUACGAGAACUAUUGUGGCGCAGUAUAGCAAACUUUGUGUGUACAUGUACUUGGUAUAACUAUUUUUGACUCUCGUGUAGUGCAUGCUUACACAUGCGCCUUCACUUUUGGUUUUACCCCGAGUCCAAGAUGGCGCUGAAAACUUGUCUGCUCUUCGGUUGUUUGAUUGCUUUAAUCUCCCUUCGAUUGGUUGCUGGGAGGCCAGAGGGAGCACCUCUAACGGCUUGUACGACCAAGUUGCCUGUUCAUCCCAUUCCUAAUACUAACCCUGUUGCUAACUACCAGCCACAGGUAUCAACGAGUCCGUACUUGACUGGUGCUACGUCUGCAUCCUAUACCGUCAACCAACCUAUCGGAGUCCGCAUCAUCACCUCGACGGGCGAAACUCAACCUCGAGCGUUCUUCCUGCAAGUCGUGGACAGCGACAACAACGCUGUUGGCGUGUGGAUAUCACAUCCUGAGCAGGUCUCCCACACCUUCUCCUGUAACACUCCAAACAGCGCCCUGGCCUCCGAUCAGGACACGGUCACCCACGACAACACUGACUUGAAGCCGGUGGAUAUGCUGUUCCAGUGGAUGGCACUCCAGGACUAUGGACCCGUCCGGAUAUAUGCCGUCGUCGCCCAGCAGUUUACAACAUUCUGGGUCAUUGAUUCACCGAGUGCACUUCCUUACGAAGUUCCUGCUUGUUACGAGCAUCAGUGUGCUAACGGAGCAGACUGUAACCCUGUACCUAAUGGCUUCGGAAACCCCUACACCUGUGUCUGUUCAUCAGGAUUCACUGGAAACUUAUGCACCAUCCCAAUUAACGAAGCAGCUUGCCUUAAUCCCAACCCUUGCCAAAAUGGCGGCACUUGCCAGGAUUUUGGAUCGGCGGGCUACCAGUGUACUUGCACCCCUGACUGGGGUGGCCCUGACUGCAAUGACCUUGAUCCGUGCUCCAGCAACCCUUGUUUGAACGGGGGAACAUGCCAGAAGAGACUGACGGUCCAGGGGCAGACUAUCUACGAGUGCAUGUGUCCUGCCGGUAUCACAGGAGCCAACUGCAACAUUCAAGAUACCAGCUGUUCGUCUCAUCUGUGUGAAAACGGCGCAAUGUGUGUUUCCAUUCCGUUUGAUUCCGACCCGUACUCCUGUGUAUGCACCAGUCAGUGGACCGGUGUUUACUGCAACAUCCCUGCCGACCAGUCAGCCUGCCAGCCCACCAACCCUUGCAUGAAUGGAGGACUAUGCAUUGAUAAUGGAUUGGCGGGUUUCAAUUGUAGAUGUCUGGGCAGCUGGAUCGGUGCUGACUGCUCCCAAUAUUCUCCUUGUGGAAGUACCCCUUGUCAGAACGGAGGUACUUGUAAUGAACGCAUCACUUCUACUGGGGAUCUGUACUACACCUGCAUGUGCCUCUCGGGUUUCAGCGGUCUGGAAUGUCAGCAGGAAGAUAACCCAUGUAACAGUAGUCCGUGUAGUAACGGAGGCACCUGCAUGUCACUGCGUAACGGAGGCAAUCUUCUCUUCUAUCAGUGCACCUGCCCGUCGACACACUCUGGACCUAACUGUCUCACUGAAGUCAACCCGUGUAGCAGCAGUCCCUGUAUAAAUGGGGGCAAUUGUGGUCCAUUCCGUUCUGUCACUGGUACUCUGUACUAUCAGUGCACAUGCCCUUCAACUCAUACAGGAACCAACUGUGAAUUUGAAGUCGACCCAUGUACCAGUAACCCCUGUCGCAAUGGGGGCAAUUGUCAACAGUUACGCAAUGCUGCUGGCUUUCUGUACUAUCAGUGUGCAUGCCCACCAACGUUUACUGGAAUCAACUGUGAAAAUGAAGUCGACCCGUGUAGCAGCAAUCCCUGUGUAAACGGGGGCGGAUGUAGUCAAUUCCAUUCUGCCACCGGUACUCUGAAUUAUCAAUGUACAUGCCCUACAACACAUACGGGCACCAACUGUCAAAUAGAAGUCAACCCCUGUGGGAGUAAUCCGUGUAGGAAUGGUGGUACGUGCCAAUCGCUACGUUCCUCGACCGGUCUGCUGGUCUAUCAAUGCCUUUGCCCUUCUACAUUCACUGGCACCAACUGCGAUCAGCCAGUGAACCUGUGCAGCAGCACCAACCCUUGCAGAAAUGGCGCCACCUGCGUGUCUGUCACCAACAACAAUAAUCAACCCGAUUACAUUUGCGUCUGCACAUCUGCAUGGAGUGGUCUCACCUGCGAAGUAGCGGUUAACCUGUGCGUCACCUUGUCUCCCUGUAUGAAUGGAGGGGGAUGUGUGCCUACAAUGAAUAACAAUGUGCCUGGUUACCAGUGUAAUUGCCCAUCUGCCUGGACAGGUCCAAACUGCAACCUACCAGUUAACCUCUGCACAACUAUUCUUCCGUGCCAGAACGGAGGUACUUGUGCACCACAGAAUGUCGGGAACCAGGCUGGUUACCAGUGUACCUGUUUCCCAGCCUGGAUGGGUACCAACUGCGAAACACUAGUGAACCUUUGUGACACCGCAUCCCCUUGCCAGAAUGGCGGCACCUGUUUGAUAAAUAAUGCCAACAACCAGGCAGGCUAUACCUGUUUCUGCCCAAGUGAAUGGACUGGUUUGUUGUGCCAUGUACCAGUGUCUGGAUGUGCUACCAACCCCUGUCAAAAUGGCGGUCGUUGUGUCCCCACGCCCGGCUCCGCUCAGUUCACCUGUGAUUGCACCGUUAUCCCAGGGACAGCGUUCAUCGGAACAACUUGUCAGAAUCCUAACCCAUGCCUCAACAACAAUGAAUGCCUGAAUGGCGGCAUCUGUGGAUUUGAAGACGCUGAUGGAAGCCCAUUUAUUGUCUGUAACUGCCCGGCAACGCACACCGGUUCCCGCUGUGAAAUUGUCGUUGCCUGUCAGAACCACAACUGUGUCCGCGGUUCAUGCGUUCCUCAAGUCUCCGGUUACACUUGUCUGUGUGACCAGGGAUGGGGUGGAUUACUCUGUGAUCAAGAAUUGCAAUGCUUCCAAAAUCCUUGUGAUCAUGGCACGUGUCGGGAACUUGGUAACUCCUUUGUGUGCGACUGUGACACUAAUUACUACGGAACAACGUGCAACAUCUUGAGUCCAUGUUUGGCGUCCCCUUGCAACUUUGGGACGUGCUCUGUGACUGCCAACGGAGCGUCAUUCGCCUGUGAUUGCUUGCCUAACUGGACGGGUGACCGCUGCAACGUUGCUGUUUUGUGCAACCCCAAUCCUUGUCGGAACGGCGGACAGUGCAGUCACGCCUCCGACGGAUCCAGCUUCGAUUGCACCUGUCAGCAGGGCUACUCUGGCCCCCUGUGUCAGACAGUCGAUCCAUGUACGCGGCAACCCUGUUUUAACAACGGCCAGUGUGUCUCCAGCGAUAGCAACAGCUUCUCCUGUGUCUGUCCGACAGGGUAUCGAGGCGAUCUCUGUCAAGAUGUCGAUCCCUGCCUUCCCUCUAACCCAUGUCAAAAUGGCGGUCAAUGUUCACUCUCCGUCGACGGCGUCACUCCGCAGUGUACCUGCAUUAAUGGCUUUACUGGCUCCUUCUGUGAGAUAGGUAUUUGCUCGACGGCACCGUGUCUGAACAACGGCGUCUGUUCACAGUCGGGCAGCACUUACAGGUGUCAGUGCCCAACUGAUUUCACUGGGCAGAGGUGUGAAACACGGAUCAACAGCCUGUGCGAUAGUACUCCCUGCCAGAAUCGUGGAUGGUGUUACGAUGACGAAACUCUGGGUUAUGUAUGCACUUGCUACGAUGGGUACACCGGGAGGGACUGUGAAGUGGGAGAGUUCUCUUGUGUGCCAAACCCCUGCAAAAAUAACGGGGCAUGUUCCAUCCAGUCUGGCUCCACGUACAGGUGCACGUGUAGGGGAAGUUACAUGGGAGUAAAUUGUGACGUCCCUAUUGUCGUGACCACCUGCCCCAUCAAUUACUGUGCAAACGGAGGCACCUGCUCAGUUACUGGCCAGAAUCAGUACACCUGCGUGUGUCCACCAAACUAUACCGGUAGCACCUGCCGAACGCCGGUCAGCGGACCUCCUGGAGGUUCAGCAAGCACACUGAUGACGUCCUGGUUCCUGAUGGUUGGAGCCAUGAUGCUAGCCUGGCUGCUUCAUUGGUAAUCACUGACAUGGACCCAGUAAAGUGGUUGAGACCUUUCCUAUACCUUUCCAUACCUCGUAAGAUAGAUAAGUUUUUUACAUUUUCAGAGACAAAAUAAGUCCAAUAACUAGCUUAGUUUCUUCAUUUGAUGAAAAAACACCAAUAUUUGAAUCAACUUUUGAGUCGUUUUAGAGAUCCAUUGCCCCGAUUAAAUGGUUAUUUUCAAAUCCUAUUUUAUCAUUAAAACAACCCAACUUAUGUGUCUGUUAAAAAUCAAAGCGUUUGUUUGUUCAUGUUGGGCUUAAACCAAAUCCGAUGUUCCAUUUUGCGAUCAUUUGUGUGAGGUCUUGAAAAACAUCUGAACGACAUCACUAGACGGACCAAUGGUUGGAUUACAAAGUAGAAGUGGGAGGGGUGUGGCUAAGGUAGAGAAUGAGGAGGUUGUAAAUAUUGUGCUCGGAGGUCCUAGGUCGGGUCAAAGGAUUUCUAAUGAAAUUUCUGAAUAUUUACUCUAAUUACAUAUAUAAUAGCCUGUUAUAGAAAUAGACGUGUUUUAAGCAUGAGGAUGUGGGAGCGAAGGGUUGAGAAUUCUUAGUUUGAUUUGUGACUGGGAAAGUUGAAUUUUGUUUACGAUGGAUGGCUGCAGUAGCAUGUGCUAGAUUACUCAUUCACAAUGACCGCUGCUGAAGAAACUUAUAUUUGACACAACUCAGUGGCUGAUUCAAUGAGAACUAGUGUAUUGUAAUUAAUUGAUUAUUUUAUGUAAUGUUUAAGCCUCAUACAACUCAGACUGCAGCUAUUUGUGUCAUUCAAUAUCUCCCUUUUUAAAAAUUAUACAAGUUUACAAUAUUAAUAAUAAUUUUAAAGUUGAACAAAGAAAUUGACUAGAGUGGGGUUUGAACCCGCGACCUCCAGAUUGCCGUUCCUGUGCUCUACCAACUGAGCUAUCCAGUUCUAUAUUGGCGGUUCCCCGUUUUGUCAAUGUCUUUUUUUCAAGGGGUGCUAGUCAGAAGCCAUCUUAAUAACAGUGUGCGGCUUACAUAACGCUUAGAUCUAGGAACAGAAGCCUCCUUGAUUUGGUCAAUACUGAUCACUCCACUUGACAAACUAACAAAAAGUAUCCACACGAGGGCUCCCUUCCUAGUAUAAGAUCAGUGUUUCCAUCCAUGACAUGACAGCACCUUUAAAGGCAUAUAGGAUCAUUUGCAUUUAUCCCGAAAGUAACCUGCCAAAUUAUUGUCAAAAAGCUUACUAUUGACAAAAUCGUGUUUCGUGAUCAAAAACUUAAAUAGGGUAUAUCUCAAAUAGGGUAAUAUCCACUGAGCUGAAACUUCAACAGGUUAGGUUUUGAACAUUCUUCUUUGGAUUUCGAGUGGUGUUAUUGGAUGCAAAUAAAAUGCAUGGAAAAAAAAUAGCAAGUGAUCCUAUAUGCCUUGAAAUUGUAAAGUCUCAUUUAUUGUACAGUGUUUCACAGUAUAAGUACAAAAGUAAAUAUUUACAGGUGUGAAUCUAUUUGGUGUAUAAAUGUUUAUUAAAAAUGUUAAAAUAUGCAAGUUUUUCUUCUUCUUUUACCUGGUGUUAGUAAAGAGCCUAACAUAAUCUCAACUGGGAUUAAUCUGAUAACAAAAUUUUUUAGGAACAUUUUUCAGUAAGCAAACGUUUGUGGUGCUUAAGAAUUUGUAAUGGAAAUCAAGGCGAAUCUCAAAACUCAAUUAACAACCUCCCCCCUCCCCCUUCAGCGAAAUGAAAAUAUACACUUUUUAAGUGACAUGAUGUCUAAAUUUCCAACUUUUUAAGACGUAUUUGAAUUGGGUUAACGGUGUUUUAAUAAUACUGCAUUAUAUUGUAAAUGUUUGCAUGAUCACUAUUCAUAUAUAAUGUUAAUAUUUUAUUCAAAGAUGGGUGUUUACUGUGGUUGUACAUAUUUUUUUAUAUACAAACUAUUCAAUUUAAUCUAUCUCUAUUCUAAACCUUUGUAGUAGUAGAGGUAGUUCUAUUAGUCGGGGAUGAUUAUAGUCGUGUAUUAUAGGCUAGAAUUCCAAUUGUUUUAGUUUAUUCAAUUCUUAAAGGGUUCAUGAAAUGAAUUUUACACUGGAGCAUAAUUGUAGCAAUGAUCCAUUCCUCUGAAAAUGUAUCAAAACUAUGAGACUUCCUUUUUUGGUAAAUAUGUUGCAAAGAGCACUUUUUCAUACAUUUAAAAUGUUUCAUGCUUUUACAACUGAGGGCGCUGUUGCUGUGAUGUCACUUUAGAAACACGCCCUUCAGAUAAGGCGUUUCUCUUCAAACUGUAAACCCAAACUUCGGCUUAUUAUAAAAAUGUGUGCAUAAAGUUUUCUCAUUGUCUUACUGUCGUAUACUUGACCAGAAAUGAAACCCUAAAACCCUUAGAAUUCUGGCGACUGUUUGUGCUGAAGCAGAUCUGCCUUGAAUGACAUCACAGUUUUGCUAUUGAAUAUGGAAACUUGCAUGAGCAUAAACACAAAUAAGCACCAAAAAUGCCCUUAAAAUGACAAUAUGAAGAUUACAAAUAACGUUAAAUUGAACACAAAGGUUCAUUUCAAAGAUUGCAUUUAAGAAAAAAAUGCCAUUACCACACAUGGGUAUAGUAAUGACAUUUUUUUCUUAAAUGCAGUCUUUGAAAUUAUAAACACAUCCCUGCUAUGCAACAACUAUUGUUUGUGCAAAAGUGUUGUUUUUAUAUUAUCAGUAUUUUUUUUUCCAUUUGCUAUAUGAAAGUGGUAUUUUGUUUGUGUACAUUUCUAGGCAGUGGUCCCUUUGAUUCUUGAAUGGAUAAUCAAUAGCUUAGUAAGCUACAUAGUAACUAUGCGAAAUAGUCAUUGUAGUAACGAAUUUUAAACUAGCACUUGAAACCGAGGGCCCUAGUGCUGUCUUCUGUUAAGAGGAUUAAAACAAGAAAAGUUCCUCAAUUCAUAGCUUAGCACCGAGAGCUUCGGUUUCAAUGCUAAUUUGAAAUUCGUGUAUUGAGACUUCAGCCUCGUUUUGGUACCAAACAUGGCGAUUAUGUGGGUAGGUCACGUGAAUGGUGGUCACGUGUUUUGGAUUUUGGAUAUACAUUUGUUGUAUUUUAAAUUCUUUGGUGAUCAAUUUUGAAAUAAAUUGGGAUGGGGACACAGUAUAUAUUGUUUAUUGUUUGAACUUGUAAUCGUUUGUAAUAAAAUGAAUGGAAACAUCUCA